CAACAAAGCUCGUCCUGCCUGCCGAUAAUCUGCAACUUUUUCGUGUUUUCUGUACGACCAGCAGCACAAUUACGACAUUCCAGGGCAAUUAUUGUCAACCACCAUGUCUGAGGAAACCUCCGACAGCGAAAGUCAAGACAUUCAGGAGCACAAUGAAACGGUACGAGCACUGUCUGCCGGAUUGCUACAGAUUUACGAGCCCAAGCUCAGGGAAGUUAAGGAAAACCUGAAGGAACUGAUAAACAAACAGAACGAUCUACAAAUUGCAAUGACCAGCGAAAAGAAUGCUUUCUCCAGCCGGCAGAUACAGGAAGUCAACGAAAUGGUAAGCAUGUCGUUUUCGGCCGUUUGA